AUGCAGACCAUCAGCAAUCUCUUCUCUAGUCCUCUUCCUAUUUGUCUCCUCUUCACUAUAUUUGAACUCAAAUACACAUCGAGCGACAUUUUCUCCAUUGCAUUUAUCGAGCGUAUAAAUGGUCUGAGCGAACUGCACGAGCUGGAGGUCCUGGCGCUGCACAACAACCAGCUGGACCGCGUCGACAGAAGGUCACUGCUUGCCCUCUCGAAACUGCAGGUCCUCACACUCGCCAAUAACAACCUCUCGGAUAUUCAUGAUGUCAGGUCACUUCGCGUACUGGAAGAACUAGCGAGCGUGACCUUAGCUGGGAACCCCAUGUGUGACUCGCGCUACCCGAAUUUCGUCUUGGCUCACCUGCCCCGCCUGGCUUACCUGGACCAGCGACGUGUCACCCCAGCUGCUCACGCCGAGGCUGCCCUUCAGUACAAAUCGGAAGUGUCUGUCGUGGAAGCGCAAGAAGAAAAGGGGAAAGUGAAGGAACGCGAGGCAGCUGAGGCAAGGAAGUCCCAGGAGGAACACAGGAGAGCUGGGGUCCUGGCGCUUAACGACGGGUCUCUCUUCACAAGGAUGUUCAGAGGCGAUAAGGACAUGGGUGUUCUCCUACAGCUGCAGGGGAUACAUCCUGUUAUGGCCAAGUGGAGGGAAAGUUGUCACAGCUUGACACCAAUGGCAACACCACGUUGGCUACGAGUUAACGCCAAAACGUUAUACUGUAAACCAGACUAUCAGCUCAGAGUGGUAAAGAAGCUUGAAUCCCAAGUAGAGGAAGUGCUGAAGACGGCUCAUGAACUGCGAGAAGCUGAGGAGGCCAGCCUAGGCGAUGACCAGGAAGCCCAUGCAGCCCGAGUGACGAAGACGGUGGCACUUAAAGAAGAAUUCGAAUCCAAUAUUUGUACCAUCACUCAAGACCUUCUGAAUGCUGAGGUUACGCUGGCUGAUCAAAUCAAGGACGUGGUAGGACGGGCCAGGGAGGAGCUGGGUACUCUGGUUGGAAACUUCCUGGAGGAGGCCGCUGCCGAGCUCCAAGAAGGGCGUCGACUUGCUUAUUCCUUCUACUGUCGCCUGAGGGAACUAACGUCUAAGGUCGUUGAGAGUGGCGGCGUGAGCUUCGAAGGAGCGGACCCAAGGGCAGCCAAGGUGUUCGAAGGCGGAGACACCCUGACGGCGGCGCUGGCGGGGAUUCACGACCGUCACUUGGCCCUUAUAGAUGCCAGGGAAAGUGACCUGCAAGACCACCUUCACCAGUGGCUCACAGACACUUUGAAUCAUAUUGAGAAGAUGGAGUGGGCAAGACAUCGCAGUCGAGUUGAGGAAAUUACGACCCUCACGGCGAGACAGAGGCAGCUUGUGUACGACGCCAUGCCACUUUUGCAUGACUAACAGAAUUUCCAUGGCUUGUUCUCCCAUACACCCUAUAAGCAGCAACGGGAACUGAGUGGCCGGUGCUGACAAACUGAUGCGUACCACCUGUGGACCAGCGCUGAGCGUGACGCAUAGUGAUUCUAGGAGAAAAAAAAACUUUAAUUUUACAUUGAGAUCGUUCACAUAUUCUACGUGUAUCCUUGUCAAGAUACGUUAUACGUCAGGUUGUGAAUGAAUAUAUUAAU